AUGUGGAAGGUUGGCCUACUGUUGCUGUCUAUCUGUGCUUUGGCAAAAUGUGCUGACGAUAAUCGUUUCGAGCUUGGCUUUGAGACGACAGACGAGAUUAAGAAAGAGAACCUAAAAUGUUUGAAAGACGCCGACUACAAAGUUGUGGGUGUACGUAUCUACAAUAACGGAGAGCACGAUGAAACAGGCCUUAAAAACAUGGAGACAGCUUCAGGUAAAUGUUUUGCUCGUUCUAGAAGCCUUUUUUAAUUUUGAUAUUGAAGAUAUGUCCUAGUCUGAUGUCUAAUUUCAGAAAACUUUACCGUACAAGCGCUCGUUGUUCCCAAUAUCUCUAAAGCGGCCGCUGUUCAGGUGACUGAUAUCGUGAAGCGUGGAAGAAGAAAUAAACAGGCUCUUCAAAAGAUCUUCCUGAAGAUCACGGAUCCUUUGUGUUGGUGGCAAGAACAGGAGCGCAACGUUGCUUUUAUCAACUUGUUUGUAAAAACGGCUCAAGUAAGCGCACUUGAUUAGGCUGGAUCUUCAUUUUAAUUUGAUCGUUCGCUAAUAUGAUAAAAAUCCUUUUUAGAGUCUGAAAUUAAAAGUUGGAUUCUACACCAACUGGUACGACUACAAAGUAAUCACCGGCAACUCGGCCCGUUUCAGUCCCACAGAAGUUUGGUACUGGAAGACGCUUGGCGUCGGCGAUGAUGCCAAAGGUGAAACCAAUUUCGAUGAUUUUUACCCAUUUGGUCCUAUUAAAGGGCAUCCGACUAGACUUGGCUCUCGGGCCGGCCCGGGCCGAAAAUCGCGGCCCGGCCCGCGGGCCGGAAGAGGUCGGCCCGGCCCGGCCCGUUUCAAUUUUUCUUCGGCCCGGCCCGGCCCAGCCCGCGGCCCGGCCCGGGCCGGCCCGGGCCGGCCCGAAAAUUGA